UUCCAGCUCCGCGAAAGGCGAGGGAAGAAACGUCUUUAUUUUUACAUGAUGGACUUCACAGAGUGCUACGUAGACACGGUGUCCAGUGUUGCUGCUGCAGCUCGUUCCGGCUGCAGACGACAGCUCAGGAGGCUGAUGAUGGAGAGAGGCGGCAGCGUGGACUGCAGAGACAACCGCGGCUGGAACGCCCUGCACGAGGCGGCAGCAGCCGGCAGCAAGGCGUGUGUGCAGGAAAUAUUGUCUGCAGUGUCCCGUAAGAAAGCACGUUUCUCCAGAUGUGAUUACGUGAACUCUUUAACUCAUGAGGGGGAGUCAGCGUGUUACCUGGCGGCGCAGCGUGGACACCUGUCUGUGGUUGGACUCCUCCUGAAAGCUCACGCUGACAUCAACCAGCUGACGAAUGACUUGUCUUGUCCUCUGUACGCAGCUGUAGAUGACGGACACCUGGACGUUGUUAAACUGCUGGUCAGCAGAGGAGCAGAGGUGGACAGAACUCACACAGCUUCCUGUUGGACCUGUCUUCAUCAAGCUGUUUACAAGGGUCACUGUGACAUCGUGCAGAUUCUGGUGAACGUUUGCAACCUGGAGGCGCUCGAUGACCACAAGAUCUCUGCUCUGUUUGUGGCUGCACAGUACGGACAGAGCGAGUGUCUGCAGACACUUAUGAACGCUGGAGCCCAGGUGAACACCCAGGCAGCUGAUCUGGCCACGCCGCUGCUGAUAGCUUCUCAGGAGGGCCACCAGGCCUGUGUGGACCUGCUGUUGGACCACGGCGCCGACCCGAACGUGGUCUGCAGUCAGGAGUGGCCCCAGCUUCCUCUUCAUGCUGCAGCUGAGUUUGGACACAUCAGCAUCCUCAGGAGGCUGAUAGACGCCACGGACCGAUCAUGUGACCGCAGCGACAGCAUGGUGAGUCCGCUGUACGUGGCCAUCCACAGCGAUCAGACCAGCUGCAUCCAGCUGUUCCUGGAGGAAGGAUUCAGUCCAGACGCCCAGGACUGCACACGAACGCUGGGCUUCAGUUCUCCGCUCGCCCUGGCGUUGUUUCGUGCGAACAACAAACCAGGCAGUGAAUGUUUGAAGCUGCUGCUCGCUGCAGGAGCAGCUCUGGGUGUAGAAGAAUGGACGUAUGUCUUGGCCACACACACCACCGACCUGCUGGAUCUGGUUCUGAACUACAUGUGGAUCCCUCGGACAGAGAGUCUAACCUCAGACUGCUCUUCUUCACAUCAUCAUCGUCAUCGUCGUCAUCAUCAUCAUCAUGAGCAGAGGGAGCUCCAGCUGCAGGAAGUGAGGGACCUGGUCUUUGUGGCUCUGAAUCAAGUAUGCUUUGCCUCCUGUUGGCUUCCUGCACUCCUGAGGGCCGGACUGGACCCGUCCUUACUGCUUCACCCUCACAUGCUGGGGGAGGCAGACAGCCAGGUGUUGAACUACCUGCUUCAGUUUGUGAACUGGUCCGCUCUGUCUCCUCCUCUCAAGCUGAUUCUGGAGCAGCGACGGGCAGAACAGACCUGGGAUUCAUGCACUAAUUUUGAUUUGGUUCCUUGUUUGUCCCAAAUCUGCCGGCUAAAGAUCCGAGAGGUUCUGGGAGCAGAUGUACUGAUGAGGACCACCAUGGUCCAGCAGCUGCCCGUUCCCUCCCUGCUUCAUGAUUUCCUGCAGUUCAGAGACAUUCAGGAGCCUUCCCACCUGCGCCCACCACCAUCACCUGUUGCAAGUGGAGCUCAGAGAGGCCGCAGCUCGCAGCAGCACCGCCACGUUCUCAACGACUUCAGGUCUCCUCUGGACAUGGUUUGAAGAUCAGUCUGUGGUUCCGGAUCCACUUCAGCUGGAACACUCAGAGACCAAAUGCUACAUUUCUUUUCAGAAUUUAAUGCUCAUCACCUUCCAGGAUGUUUGGAAGCUUUGCUUGUUUUGAA